ACGGAAGUGGGUGUAACCCGCUCGGUUCAAGUCGCCGUCCACCAUGUCACAGCACUUUGAAGGCUUGCAACGUGUGCCGUGACUUCUUGCGUCACAGAGCACGUUGAAGUGAGGAGGUGAACUUGAGAUGGCCAGUAGAGAUGAAGACAGUGGACACCAUCUGGUCAUGGCCACUUCCAGUGAGCCAUCUGAAAGUCACAUGGACACUUCUGGUGAGCAUUCAGAAUCUGAUGUUGACAUGGCCAGUUCAGACGAGGAACAUGAAGGUCACUUGGUACCCGCAGGUUCAGCGUACGAGGAGAUUCUAGAGAGCCAAGCAAUCUCAAUAAGUACAGGUGAACAUCGUUCAGGGAACGCCCAAGUUGCCAACACUCUCAACUUCAUCACUGGAGGGGCAGGACAAGGAACACUGGGGAGAGAUACCCUUGAUUUACGCAUAGAUGAAGCGAGGAAGAUUUUUGCUCCAACUGAAGCCUACAGAAAAGUGAAACAGAAAUUGAAGGAAUUUGGUCAUGUGACUAUCUGUGGUGCUUCAGGGGAGGGCAAGACAACAAUGGCUCUGGUGCUGGGUUCAAGGUAUAGACAAAAGGGGUACGAGGUCGUGUUUGUGGACAGCCUUAAGAAGUUUGACUUUGACCGCUGUCUUAGUACCUACUCAAGAGUAUUUUUCAUUGUUGACGAUUUGUUUGGUACAGUUGGAGUAUCUGCUAAUACUUCACAUGUUAAAAACUUUCUGAACAAUCUUCUCCCCCAUUUAGAACAAAAGCAGAGAGCAGAAGAGAAACGGUCAGAAUUGAGUGAAAACAGUGAUGCUGGUGAAAAAUUCAGAAACAAAGUGCAAAGUUUAACAGAAUCUCAAACAAAGGACAUUCAUGUUGUCUUCACAUCAAAAUCUUACAAUUUCCAUGAUGGACUUGCAAAACUGCAGUAUGAGGGUUUCAAAUUGUUCAAGGGUCAAACAGUAGUGGACUUAACAAAACAAGAAAAAUACAGGCUUUCUGACAAAGAGAAGAAAUCAAUAUAUGAACGACAUAAACAUGCUUUUGGUGACUACUCUGUGCAACAUAUUCCAGAUUACAAUGAGCUGGAAAUCUGUUCCAACAUCUUUGGAUUUCCUCUCAUUUGUAAACUUUGUUUUGAAUUUUCCUCUUUCUUUAAAAAUGCAAAAUCAUUUGUCAAGGAACCACUCUUUUAUCUUAGGUUAGAACUAAAUCAGUUACUUGAAGAUAGAAAUGAUAGAUCGGCCAUAUUGGUUCUGAUGCUGCUGUGUGAAGACAAAUUGAACCUGACCAGGUUAGACAGUGGAGAUGAAGACAAGGAUAUGGACAGGAUGGUCAAAACUGUUCAAGACCUGAUGCCAAAUACUACACGUUCAGGCAUGUACAAAGCCGCUAAAAGUUUUAGAGGUACAUUCUUCACUAGAGGAGACACUACUGGCUUUGCCCACUCUUCAAUUUAUGAUGCUUGUGCCUGUUCCUUGUUCAAUAUCAGUCCAGUCUUUGUUUUGAAGAACUGUAGUGAUGACUUUCUGUUUGAAAGAGUACAAGGUGAAAAGGUUGAAGAAACUAAAAUUGAUGAUCAUCUCCACCUGAUAUAUGUCUCAGAUAAUUAUGAUGACCUACUAACCACAAGGUUUGCACAUUCUAUUAAACAAGGAAAGUUUUCUCAAUCAGUGACCCAUCCAGUUCUCAAACGAGACACAACAGCGUUCAAGCUGCUGAACAAACUUCAGUGUGAUGGGACAAAGCACCCCCAUCCGCAUAAUCAAACUGAUUCUACAGAAGAACUUUGGUUUCACAGAAGAGAGAAAGGAAAAUGUUUUCUGUACUGGGCAGUUCUUGGACAUAAUUCACAUCUAGUUACAGAAAUAGAACACACAAUUGGAGGAAAGUUCUCUCAAGAGGCGAUCAGUCAAGCUAUAGGAGGGUGUGCACAAAGCAACAAUGUAACAGUAUUGAAAUGGCUCUUCACUCGCUCCGAAAAACAUGAUCAUCAAUUGACACUCAACAGACUCUUGUUGCAAGCUGCUGAAAAUGGCAGCUCCGAUAUUCUAGUGUAUCUGCUCCAGGAAGGUGCUGAUGUUAACACUAGAGACAAGAAGUUACAAAACAUCUUCCAUCUGGAUAGUUUACUUCAUCUUGCCUGUCAGGGUGGGAACACUGCUAUAGUACAACACCUCAUGUCUCCCUCUAACAUCAACAGUAGAGGGAGACUUGGAUACACGCCUGUAUUGAAGGCUGCCUUCAGCGGACAUAAAGGUGUGGUUGACCUCCUAAUACAGCACAAAGCUGACCUGACACUUCUGACAGAGAGUAAUGAGGACAUCAGACGUGUAGCUGAGAUAGGAGGGCAUCCUUCAUUGACCAGUUAUCUACAAACUGUUCACCAACCUCACUAACUACAUCUAUCAAACAACGCCACAGGACUGUAGUGGUGGAAUUCAGGCUAGAAGAGUCACAGUGAUCUUCUAUUUAACCAGUUAUUUAAUAUCAAUACAGGUCAAAUGUAGGUCAUUUGAUAUUUAAGUGGGGUUGGGACCUGGAAUUUGUUGAAAUACCAGAUAAUAUAUGAGAACAAAAUCAGAUGUUACAUAUGAUUGCAAUGAAACUUAUUUUUUUGCAGGACAAGUUCACCUUUCUUUUAGAAUGUUUAUUCUUCCUGAUUUAACUGCUGCCACUAAUGGCACAAGGCCUCCAUUUUGUCUGUAACCUAUGGCUGUUUGAUUUCCGGUUUGCUCAAAUUAUGUUUCUUGCUUUGUCAGCACGAUUCCUGUACUCAUGGGUUUCCCCAAAGUAGUAACAUGUGCGACCUGCCUCACUUCAGCCUUUCCUUCCACAUCUAGCUGACACACCACGACAUAACUCAAUUACUGAUAAAAGCCAUGUGAUCUAGCCAUGAGAUCAAACCAUAUGCCU